CAAGCACCUUUGGCUCAAGCCCUCACAGGGGACACAGACAAAAGCGCAAGAGCCAGGUGACAUGGCAGAUGGGAAAGUCAGCAAAAUGGGCGCGGACACCUUCUUUCAGGACAGCUAUCCCAUGGCGCAAUUUGGGCAGCGUGACGGCCAGCCCUAUUUCGGCCGCCUGAGUGCCCGCACCAAGUUCGUAGCCGCACUGCCUACGCUUGGCUGCCUUGCGUUGCGCUACGUAAAGAUUGGCUACAUGAAGAAGUUCUUCACGGACGACUAUCCGCGCGCCUCCCUAAGCGUGAUGUCCACCUUUCUGAUCUUGAGCACGCUUUUGGACCUGCUCUUCGAUCCCUUGGUGGCCACCCUCACGGAUGGCACCCGCAAGAUCUUUGGCCGGGAUUGGGGAAGGAGGCGGCCCUUUUUGUUCGUCUGCACCUUGGUGAUGAGCCUCUCCUAUGCGCUGGCGUUUGCACCACCAGCAUCGCUAUCCUCUCAAGCGCAAGCAGACUUUGAGGCGUGGUCGUCCUCCAACCCCGGUUCCACGGAUGUGCCGAUUUUCAACUCGGUGGGAGCCGCCACUUGGUAUGGCGUGUUCCACAUCAUGGUGAAGGUGGUCUCGGACGCCCUCUUCGACAUCCCCCAUGGCGCACUGCUCACCGAGCUGACGCCUGAUAGCCAGGAAAAGACCGUGUUGUGGUCCUGGCGCGAGAUCUGUCUCUGCCUUGGCAUCUUGGGGGGCAUGGUGCUGCCAAUCAUCGGGGAGUCCGAGUGCGCCUCGAGUCCAGAGACCGGAUGCUAUUCGUACCUCAUGAUCGUGGUGGUCUUUGGCUUUUUCUUCAGCCUGUCCACGUUGUUCCUCUGCCGGGACAUCAAGGAGCGUCCCGUGGCCAACCUGCCAAAAGAGGCGGAGGCACUGGUGCCCUCCCUCGUGGGCUGCCUCAGCAACUACCCCUUCAAAGUCCUGCUGGUCUCCGACGUCGUGGAGGGCUUGGGCGCCAACAUGCCUCUGCUGGUCCUGCCCUACGUGGUCGACUGGGUCGUGGGAAAAGCUGCUGCCGAAGCCUUGGUGGGCUCGGCUGGUACGCUCUUCGCGGGCUGCGUGGUGGUGCACAUGAUCGUGCGAGUGCCUGUCACUUUUUUGUGGCAGAAGGCGGCCAAGAAGUGGGGCAAGUACUGGACCUUCAUGGCCUACAAUGUGGUCUACGGCUGCUACAUGUUUGUGUUUCUCUCUAUUGGCAAAGGCAGCGCUUUACUUGGCCUCAUCACCUGUGCGGUGUGGGGCGUCGCGUAUGCGGGGCACUGGCUGCUCUUCGACCUCACCUCUGACGCGGUGGACUACGACGAGCUGCUCACCGGGGAGCGCCGGGAGGGUCAGUUCACCAUGGCCCGGGAGCUGGUGCCCAAGAUCUGCGAGAUCCCGGCGGACGCGGUGCCCUUUUUGCUCAUGAGCUACUUCAACUACAACCCUGACCUGCCUGAGCAGAACGAGGCAGUACAGUGGAUCAUCAGAGGCUCUUUGUCCGUGGUGCCCGGCUUGGCUGGCCUAGGUGGAGCUGUCGCGCUGCUUUGGUACAACCUUCGUACUGAGGCGCAGCAGCAAGACAUCAUCGCUGGUAUCCAGAGACAUCAGGAAGGCAAGGUGACCACAGAUCCCUUGACAGGACUGCUGUUGCCUCCUAUCAACGUCCAGGAUGAUGGCUCGGUGGAAUACGAGGGCUCCAUGGUGGCCUGCGAGCCCAAGAAGAUCUUGGACUACUUCUUCGCCUCGGAGAUCCGCUGGGCCUGUGAGAGCGGGGACCUGGGAAGGCUGCAGCUUGGAACCGCUCGCCGGGGGCGGAUGUGCGUGUGGCAAUAUGUAUGCAAUGCACGUAUGUAUGUAGAAAUUAAUUAG